GCUUACAACCGUGAAGACAAGCUUGUUGGUGCAAUUGGUGUGAUACGAAAUGUGAAAGAUUACUUCGCUGUAAAUUGUCUCCACCCUGAAGAGCAGAAACUGAUCAGUAACUUUAGAAGGACCUGUUAUAUUACGACGUUAAUGGUGGCAUCAGAGUACAGAAAGAUCGGCAUUGGUACUCAACUAUUACAACGUGCCAGUACAGUCCUAUUACAAGAAGGCAGUCAGUUAGUGAGUGGCAAUCGAUCGAUACCGCCAAUCGAUACCUUCUCUAAUCAAUGGUUUUUUAGAUAUAUCUACAUGUACUACACACAAACCUGCCCGCAAUCCGCCUUUAUGAGAAAAUGGGAUAUGAAAGAGUUGCAGAAAUUCCAAAGUAUGUCAUGUAGUUGCCCGGAAAGCCUGCUCAAGGCCCUAUAA